AAACAUCGAUCGUUUUCAUUUUCUUAGUCGAUCGGCAUACUUUUCUUGCAAUGUAUGUGUGUAGUCUUAAUUUAUUCAAAUGUUCCGUUGCUGGAGCACAGCACUCCAAUAAUGUUAGCUAAAAUCCACACUAAAAACGCCUAACGAAGACGACAGAUUGCUAUGGAAGCUUUUCUUAUUCUCAACGUCCUUAUGACGUACUUUCUGCGGCAGCAGUGCAGCGGCGGCGGCAGCGAAGAGGAAAAAAUGCCGCCAGGCAAAAAGGCUAAGAAGAAACAGCAGCAGAGGCGGAACCGGAAGCGGCGCCAACUGCUGGAGCGCUCUCGGCGUAGCAGGGACGACCUGAUCAACUCUGCCCUGGAAGAAACGGACGUGGUGGCCUUCAUACCCACCCCCAGAGGCAGCAUCUUUAGCCUCUCACACCACUCGACCUAUUGUGAGACCUCUGACCUGCCACCCUUCAGCACCCCCUGCGGGGAUGGAGUGGCCAAAAGGAGCCGCACCCUUUUCGUCAACAGCACUCCGAGGCGUCGAAUGAGUUACUCGCCCUCUCCAAACCGAAACUUUGAAUCCAACCUGAGUGCCUCGUCUUUGCUGGACCCUUUAAUUAGUGCCGAGGAUCAGCAAUUUUGUAACUCCGACGACGAGACUGACCGUAGCACGGCUGUGCAAUUAGCACACAUUUCCAGCUCCAACGACAAACCUGACAAGACUGAUCUCAAAUUCCAAUGGUUCACCAAUUUCAAGGUCGCGGUUGUGACCCUGCUGAACACCAUUUCAUCUUACUUUUGGAAGAUGUACUUCUCGCUGACGUCAGUGAGGAUUUCCGAGGACAAGCCUAAGUCUCCUGCUGUCAAGAAGCAGGACGACGUUGCCUCAAAACUUGAUGAGAUUUUGAAUUGCAUGACCGAACUGAGCAUGAAGCAAGACCAGUUUUACGAACGACAGGAGAAUCUCUUCAACCGGAUGGCUGCCUUGGAGGCGAGGUGCGCCCGCAGCGCCAUACCACCGUUAGCAACCGGCUUGUCCUCGGGAGGGCCGCCGCCGCCGCCACCUCCAAUGCCAAAGUUUGAAAUUUCAGCAACACCGCAGCCCUUGGAAAUAGUGAAGAAAUCUCAAGAUUUGACAACAAACCCUGCAGUUGUCAAACCCUCUCGACCGAGCAUCACGCUUGAGGAUAUCCUUGGUGUCCAGCUCAAGAAAACUCCUGCUGUGAAACCGUUUUCUGAGCGGACUCCAACAAAAGCGUCCACUGGCCCUCGAGGACCUUUAGUUUCAGUGGACAUGCUUCGCUCUGUAAAAUUGAAACCCGCUAUGAUGCGCCGACAAAGCCUGGAACGGCCUCUUCAAACACCCAGCUCAAUAUUCCACCACCACACAAGAACACACAAUUCAGACAUAGCUGAAAACGAAAUUUAAGCUUUACAAUGUUUUGCUAAAUACACCAUGCAAAGCAAAGUUUAAGUGCUUUAGAUCAAAGUAAAGAGCUCAACAAAACAAAUUAGUGUUAAUUCUUAUUUUAGCUUGUUAUUACUAUUCAUGCAAACAGCAAAAUGAUUAUAACUUUGUCUUUGUAAUAAUAUAAUAUUAAUGAUACAAAGUAAAAAAUUUCUUGAUUGAAGCCAUGAGGGGAUUAUAACACUAGUUUUAAACCUGCUUUUUGUGUUAAUGUCGAUAUUUGAUUUUAACCAUUUUUAAGCCUGGAUAAUUUUAAUUAACAUUUUUUAUGACACAUUCACACUGGAAAUGACUAUUUAUGCUCUGGAUUUUACUUAAUACAUGAUGUAUGUUCAUUUUAAACUCACUUAUUGACUAAUGCACUUCUACUAUUCCAUUUUUUACCAAUAAUAAGUUUUAAAACAAUUGAUUGUUAAAUAAUGUGAUAAAUUUAAUAAAAAUAAAUCAUUCAA